CCAUGGCUCCGCCCCUUUCUCGCGGGCAGGGCAGAGCCCGGCCGUCCAGCGACCGCUGGCUAAAGAGCCAGUGACUUCCUUGUUGCGAGUGUCGGCCUGGCCGUGUCCGGAGCCGCAGCCCCACGGUGCUCACCCGGAAGCCCUAGGGUGAGUCGAGCUCCAAGCCACAACCAUGCCCAACCCCAGCAGCACCUCCGCUCCCGGCCCGCUCCCGGAGGAAAUUAGGAACCUGUUGGCAGAUGUUGAAACAUUUGUAGCAGAUACACUGAAAGGGGAAAAUUUAUCCAAGAAAGCAAAGGAAAAGAGAGACUCUCUCAUUAAGAAGAUAAAAGAUGUAAAGUCUGUCUAUCUUCAGGAAUUUCAAGACAAAGGUGAUGCCGAGGAGGGGGAUGAAUACGACGAUCCCUUUUCUGGACCUGCAGACACUAUUUCCUUAGCCUCGGAACGCUACGAUAAAGAUGAUGAUGGCCCAUCUGAUGGAAACCAGUUCCCUCCGAUUGCAGCCCAGGACCUCCCUUUUGUCCUAAAGGCCGGCUACCUGGAAAAACGCAGAAAAGACCACAGCUUCCUGGGGUUUGAAUGGCAGAAGCGCUGGUGUGCUCUCAGCAAGACGGUGUUCUACUAUUACGGGAGUGAUAAAGACAAACAGCAGAAAGGUGAAUUUGCAAUAGAUGGCUAUGAUGUCAGAUUGAAUAACACCCUUAGAAAGGAUGGAAAGAAAGAUUGCUGUUUUGAAAUCUGUGCUCCUGAUAAACGUAUCUAUCAGUUUACAGCAGCCUCUCCCAAAGAUGCUGAGGAAUGGGUCCAGCAGCUGAAAUUUAUAUUACAAGACAUGGGAUCUGAUGUUAUUCCCGAGGAUGAUGACGAAAGAGGAGAAUUAUAUGAUGAUGUCGAUCAUCCUGUUCCAGUCAGCAGCCCACCGAGGAACCAACCAAUAGAUGAUGAAAUUUAUGAAGAACUUCCAGAGGAGGAAGAGGACACUGCUUCGGUGAAGAUGGCAGAGCAAGGCAAGGGGAGUCAAGACAGUACUCACCACCCCUCAGGAGAUAAAAGCACUGAUUAUGCUAAUUUUUACCAGGGCUUGUGGGAUUGUACUGGAGAUCUUUCCGACGAGUUGUCCUUUAAGCGUGGUGAUGUGAUUUACAUUCUCAGCAAGGAAUACAAUAGAUAUGGCUGGUGGGUAGGAGAAAUGAAGGGAGCCAUUGGCUUGGUGCCUAAAGCCUACGUAAUGGAGAUGUAUGAUAUUUGAGAGUCUGGCAGGAAAGAAAAAUCAACAUUUCUACUGAAGAAAAAAAAAAUGCAACUUUUCCUUUGGUGAAGUCUUCUGUCGGUCUGCAAGCGCUUUGGCUUUGGAACCCCGAGAGCCUGAAGGGGGCUCAAAGCUGCCUCGUGUGGGUUGAGCAUUCCUGUCUCAGCUGUUAUUCUGUGUCGUCACUCAUUACUCCUGUUGUCAGGUUACUUGAGCAGAAAUCAGUUAACGUCAGACACGAGCAGUAGAUAUAAGACCUGUUGCUGUCUUGCAAACAAUAAUUAGUUUUCAUUUACCCAUUUAGUUUAUGUGGAAAAAUUCAUUGUGAUUAUGUGUGAGUCUUAGUCACUUAAGUUGCCGGUGGAGGCUGCUGUUUCUCUUAGUCAUUGGGCAUAAGCUAUUUUUAGAGUGCUGCAUAUAAUUUCAUAGACUUUGUAAAUUUCAAGUCAAUAUUAAAGACCUUUUAAAAGCUGUGUGGAUAACUUAGCUUAGUAUUUUAUCCCUCACAGAGUAAUGACGUUUCGUUAAAGAAGUUGUACAGAUUCACGCAUGUACUUGCUGUUAACUGACAAAGGGAAACAUGAAGCAUUCCAAGCAGAGGAAGGUGGCAGUGAGCUGGCACUUGGUACACAGUACAAGCCGGAGCUCGGUCUGCGCAAACCUAUUUUGAUGAUGGUCUUGCCACUGUUUUCUAAUACAAUUUUAUUUACAUUUAAAGAAGUCACAGGUUCAUAAAAAUCCCCAGUUACCACUAAUGCAGCGGUGGAAAGCAGCUUCGGUGUGUCUGAGGGCAUCCAGAUGCUCUCCUACCUUGCUGCCCAUCAUUGCUGUGCUCUUGUAGUCCCUGCCAAAAAGCACUCCUGAGCAAGUCUCCUGUGUUUUUAAAAGAAAAGAAAGACUCAGAAUGGUAACAGUUGCCAGCAGUGAGUGGAAGGGUAGGUUGACCUGGGCCCUCAUACUAUCUGUUGCUGUGUGGGUAAGGUUUGUAGAAUCCUAUCAGCUCCCUUUCAUAUAUAGUUAAAAUCAGGGUAUUUUUAAUUAUUUCUGGAGAGGCCAGGAUAGCCUUACUCUGUACCAAAUGCACUAAUGACUAGAUAUUUUGGAGUAAAUGUAAUCUACUAUUGAAUUAUUCUUUACCAAGUCCUAACUUUUGCCUAACUUUCUAGAUAGUAAUGCAAAUGGCUGAUAAGAUUUUUAAAUCGACACUAUGUAAAACUCUAUUUAGAAGUUAUAGUAAAGAGUGUGUAUUUUACUGUUACCCUAUAAAUGUUGCAACUGCUCAUUUUCCAAAGUAAAAGAGAAAAAUCUUAACUUUAGGGGUUGUGAGUAAACUCAGGUUUAUCUGUGUAGACAUAGUCCAAAGUUUUCAGAAAUCACAUUUUUCCAAUUACCCUUCUCCUAUUAGAGUGUCAUCUAAAUAGGUGGAAAUCAUCUUGGAAAAAGUUAAGACAGGCAGAAAUGAGUUCAGUGGGCUGGCUUUCAAAGACUAUGCGGUUGAGAAGCAAAAGCCUAGGCUAUGAUUACAUGUUUUGUGCCUUUAACUUACGUGGCCAGCAGAUGGCAGCAGCUUGUCAUUUGCACAUGGCACCACUAGGGAGCCCCUCCCCCAUUCGGGCCGGCUGAGAAGAGGAUAGGAAAUUUCUGACUCCUUUUCCCGUUAAUCCAGGAGAGGGAGUCCUUUGCCAGCUGAUGGCCAACAUUUCCAGCAAGGAAGCUGGGCGCUGCUUCUGUCCAGCACCUCUGGCCUUUGUUCUUUUUAAAACUUGAAUAUACAUGGAAGAUAAAAGAUUGGAACCAAAGGCCUUUAAAAUUGGGAGAGAUGAGAAAAAUUGCUGUUUCUUGCACUUCGUGGAUGCUUUCUGUUCUGUUGAUGAACUCGUUUUUGUGCUGUGAGGAAGUUUCUCUCUACCCUUGACACUUCAUCACAUUCUCUUCAAGAUCAUAAUAACAUCAUUAAUGUGAAUUUAAACAACGCGGCUUGUUAGAAAAUAUGCUAAUUGUUAUGUUCUCAUUAUGUUUGCUUAGCUUUUAUUUGUUUUUCUAUGAACAGUUAGAGAGCUAAUUUUUGAAAGGUGAUUGUAAGUCAUAUUUUAUAUGGCAUUUUGCUUGAUCGUUUGCUCUGUACUGAAUUUGUACUCUGUUGCCAUUAGAUCUUACAAUAAUGUUCCACUCUGCAAAUUUUUAAGGUUCAAAUAAAGUUUAAUUGUUUGCAAACUGU